AUCACUGCUCUUUUUCCCACUGUACUAUAAAGUCAUGUUUUUGGCAGCUUUCUUUUCUUGUCUCAAACUUCAUUUUUUCCUCUCUUCUUCAACCCCCUUUAUCCCCACUUUACCAUUUUACAAGAAAGUUCAAGUCUUGACAAAUUACAAUAACAUAUUGGGUCCAUAAGUGAACCCAUCUCAAGAAUCUUGAUUUAACUUGUCCUCUGCAACUAGUGCUAUCCCAUCUCUGCUUAUUCAAGGAGAUUUGUCUUAAAAGGAAAUGAAUGGACAGCUUUGGCACAUAUAAUUACAGCAGCAGUUGGUUCUGGUGUUCUAUCACUAGCAUGGAGCAUGGCACAAUUAGGAUGGAUUGCUGGUCCAAUGACCAUGCUCUUAUUUGCAUGUGUUAGUCUUACUUCUGCAUUUCUUCUAAGCAACUGCUAUAAGUCUCCUGAUCCAGAAACUGGCCCUGAUAAGAAUGGUUGUUAUCUUGAUGCUGUACAAAAGAUUUUAGGAAAAAGAAACGCUUGGCUUUGUGGAAUUAUUGUUCGUACAAACUUCAUCAAGGUUCCAAUUGUAUAUACUAUUACAUCUGCUAUCAGCAUACGAGCAAUCCAGAAAUCAAACUGCUAUCAUGAUCAAGGUCACGAAGCUACCUGUGGAUAUGGAAGUACUAGGUAUAUGGUAAUAUUUGGAUUAAUCCAAGUUGUAGCGUCUCAAAUUCCUGACUUUCAGAAUAUGAAGUGGCUCUCCAUAGUUGCUGCAGUCAUGUCUUUCACAUAUUCAAUUAUUGGAUCAGCACUUGGCUUAGCCCAAGUAAUAGAAAAUGGAGAAAUCAAAGGUAGCAUUAGAGGUCUGCCAAGUUCUACUGCUGCUGAGAAAGUAUGGUUGGUUGCUCAAGCGCUCGGGGACAUUGCCUUUGCCUUUCCAUUCUCUCUUAUAUUUCUGGAGAUUCAGGACACAUUAAAGGCGCCUCCUCCAGAAAAGAUCACCAUGAAGAAGGUCUCGAUAAUGGCAGCCUGUAUUACAACUUUUUUCUACCUUUGCUGUGGGGGAUUCGGUUAUGCAGCCUUUGGUAAUUCCACACCAGGGAACCUCUUGACAGGAUUUGGUUUCUACGAACCGUAUUGGCUUGUAGACUUUGCUAAUGCAUGUGUUGUUCUCCAUCUAGUUGGUGGAUAUCAGAUUUUCAGCCAGCCACUAUUUGCAGAUAUUGAGAGAUGGUUUGCCAGAAAAUUCCCAGAGAGCAAGUUUGUUCACAAGAAUCACACCCUGAAACCUCUACUAAUGCUGCCACUUAAGUUUAAUUUUAUGAGAUUAGUCUUCCGAACAGCUUAUGUAGCAUUAAUCACUGGGAUAGCAGUAUUAUUCCCUUACUUUAACCAGGUCGUAGGGGUGUCUGGGGCGAUAACCUUUUGGCCUAUCGUCAUUUAUUUCCCUGUAGAGAUGUACUUAACCCAGAAAAAAACUGAAAUUUGGAAAACCAAAGCUAUCGUGCUUCGCGUGUAUACAAUGGUAUGCCUGGUUGUGAUAUUCUAUGCAUUUGUAGGAUCCAUUAGAGGAGUGAUAGUCGCUAGGUUCAGGUAAAAUAUACUAUACUUCUUCAUAUACCUACUGAACAGGCUUUAGUCAGAGGAAAUGUAAAUGAAUUCUUAGCAGUGUGUAAGUCUUGAUUAUGUAAACAAACAAUGUUUUACUUUGUCAAUAACAAAAUAUGCCAUGAAGUGUAAUUUUGAAGA